UUUCUGUGAUUGUAACAAGAUCGGAAAAGGUGACUUUGGUGUUGUUUACAAGAUGAAACCAGAAGAUGUAUGCUAAAUUGGCAAAAGAGAUUUGAUAUUAUCAAUGGUAUUGCGCGAGGGCUUCUGUAUCUUCACCAAGACUCAUCCAUUCGAAUCAUCCAUAGGGAUUUGGAAGCAAGCAACGUCUUGCUUGAUAAAGAUACAUAUGACUCCGAAAAUUUUGGACUUCGGAAUGGCUAGGAUCUUUGGACGAGAUGAGACAGAAGCUAACACGAGGAAGGUGGUCGGAACUUAUGGCUACAUAUCCCCAGAAUACGCUUUAGAAGGGAUAUUCUCGAUGAAGUCAGAUGUGUACAAGAGGAAUAAAGGGUCUUGCUUCUUGAAAUUAUAAGUGGCAAGAAGAAUAAAGGAUUCUACAACUCGGACCGUGACCAUAAUCUUCUCCAAUGUGUGUGGAGCCGGGAGGAAUUGGAAAAAAGGUCAAGGUCUAGCGAUUGUAGACAUGGUCAUAAAAGAUUCUUCAUCCCCAACGUUCAGGCCACGUGAAAUCUUAAGGCGCUUACAAAUUGGCCUCUUGUGUGUUCAAUCACGUGUAGAUGAUAGGCCACUGAUGUCGGCAGUUGUUUUGAUGCUGGAAAGUGAAGCAGUAGAUAUUCCUCAGCCUAACCCGCCAGGUUAUUGCGUCAUAUGAAAUUCUCGUGAAACUUACUCGACUUGGAGUAAACAGCCCGACCAUGAAUCUUUCACAGUGAACCAAAUCACCAUGUCGAUCAUUGCCGCUCGGUAGUGUCAUAGCCUUUGAUAAUAUUCUUAUAAUUAAGUAUCGAAAUUUUUAUUCAUCCUCUGAUACUUUAUCGAUCUGGUUUCAUGAUUUUGAGCCAAUUCAACUUCAUUAAUAUCAGCAACGAUCUCAACACCAGCAAUUCAACGACAACCACAGAUCACAACAUAUACAAGCAGUUGUCUAGCUUGAUCCUCCUCUACCUAUAUUAUAUGUUUUUACUCUGUUUUUGUAAGCUCAAGAACUCGGAGAAACCUAACGUUUUUACCAGUAUAAUUAAACUGAAGUCAGUAAAUUAACAUUAAUAUCCAAAUAAAUACAAGAAAUUAGUAGAAUUAUCAACAAAAAAAAAAACAGAGAAGAGACAUAAAGAGCUCAUGUUUAGUUGAUGAUGGAUCGGUGAUGAAGAUCAAGGCUAAACAAAGAAACUCAAAAAUGAUCUGAACCAUAAGCGAUUUCGAUCGAUUCAAUGUAUUAAAAAGAGCGGUAUGAUGCCAUGGUCUUUGUUCUUAUGUAGUUUUUUGCAAUUUUCAAUUCGAACUGUGUCGAAUCAAUAUAUUUAUCAAUUCGAACUGUGUCGAAUCAAUAUCCUAGUUUAUUAGUUACAACCAUACGUUAACGAUAGGCUUGUUAAUAUGUCUUAAAUUUCGACAUGAGACCUCCAAGUUCAUUUUCUUCAAAGGUAGCAUAGAUACUGAAUAUUUUCGUGUAUUUAUGAUGGAGAAAAUAAUAAACUUUGCAUGUUUCUUUUUCUUUUUUCUAAUUACCCUCCAAUAAAAAGAGAAAUAAUUUAACACCCUCAUUCGUUAGACCAACCAAACGGUGACAUAUGGAAGGUGAUACUUUACAGCAAACUAAAACUAAGAGCACUUCCAAUGGAUAGUUCUAAAUAUAAAUAUGUGUGUAAGUAUAUAUUGUAUAUUUGUAUGUAGUUGUGAGGUCUACUAAAUAGUGUAGAACUCCUAUUCAAAGGUUCUAAAAACAAAAAUUUUAGAACCUUUGAAUAGGGGUUCUACACUAUUUAGUGGCCUCCACAACUACGUAUACAUAUACAAUAUAUACAUAAACAUAUAUUCAUAUUUAGAACUUUAAUGGGUAGAACCUAUCAUUAGAAGUGCUCUAAUGCUUACUCACACUACCCUAUCAGGCUACCACCACGCAUGCAUGCAGAGCCGGACCUGGGUCCAAGCAAUAGAAGCAAUGGCUUCCGGCCGCAAAUUAUUAUCAAAAAUAUCGGCCACAUUUUUCCAAAAUGUGUCUAUAGUGCAGUGGUUGAAUAGCCAUUGUAUUGAUAUCCCAAAACCGGGUUCGAGUAACCCUACCAACAUAAUUUUUAUUUUCGGCUAUUUUUUCAUAUUUGGCUUCUAGCCUUAAGAUUUCUAAGACUGGCUCUGCAUGCAUGAGCAAUUUAUCUUCCUCUUUUUCAGCUGUUCUCAUAUUUUUCCUUCUCACUGAUAUAAAUUUAUAUAAUUGGGAGAAAUAAUAUAUUUAUACAUAUAAAAGAUUUGUGAAAUAAAAAUCCAACCUAGGAAAAUAUUAUCCUAAAUCUAUAAUUAUUUUUAGAGAUAUAAAUAAAGUUCUGGAAAUGUUAAAAUUUGAAAUAGAAAGUUAGAAACACAAACGGUCGCUUCACUCUUAGUUGCACGAAUGUAUUUUGCUAGUAAAAAAAUAGUAAUCUGAAACUAAAACAAGUAUCAGAAAUAUUGGUCAAAAAGAAUAAUAAAGUAUUUCGGGUUGAAAAUCAGAGAAGCUUUACCUCAAAUACAAUCUCCACUCGUGUGAUUAGUGAAGGCCUUUGAAGUUCUAUGCUAAGUGGGUUUCACUGUUAUAAUGAUUAAUGUUUUCCAUACUAUGGUUUUUGUUGACCGAAUAUAGUACUUAACGUAUGUAAAAGCGCAAGCGCAUUUCUUCUUUUCAUUAAAAAAUGCAUCUUGCUUAAGCAAAAAAAUGCAUCUUGCAAAUUAUUUACGUUACGAUUAUCAAUCUAUUUAUAUAUUUUAUAUAGAUAUAUAUAUAUAUAUUGUAAAAACAUUUGUUAUCUGAUAGUCUUUUCUUUAGAACAAAUUAGGUAUAUAUCUUGUAGUAGUUUGUAGUCAACCAGAAAUAAACAUACACUAAUUAGUAUGAUCGCAAACUAGUAUGAUCAAAGUAUCAUGCAUGCGCAAUAAAUACCCUACAACAAUAACACGGUCAUAAAAAUCUCCAGGAAGACAAAAUAGGUGAAAGGGUGUUCUUCAGAAAUUCUUCAACACUCAGCUAAGAACAAUACUACAACAACAUUCUGAAAACACGUAGUAACAUGAGCACAGACGUGUAUUCGAGGACAUAUAUUAUGAAGAGAGACAAGUGGGUGGGUCAAUCGGUGCUUUGUUACGGAUUAUCAGCGAUGCAUGCUAGAUUUCUAGUAGUAUUUAACUAUCAAUUUAUCAUGGCUUUCUAAAAAGAAGAAAACACACAAUAAUCAUUUGGCAGAAAAAGAAAAAACAAAACACAAAAUAAUCUAUUUCUUGCACGUGCAUAAAAAGCGAGUCAAUAAAUUCAGUCGUACCACCUUUGAAGAUUCCACUAUCAAACAGAUUCAACUAUUGGUGGUCACCAUUUAUCUACCAAGUAUGAAAAACACAUUCAAUUCAAGACUAUAAUAUGAACACAUGACUAUAAUAUAUAUGCUGUACAAAGAGACAAAUGAAAAGUAUAUAUCCAAAUGUAACACAGAAGUUUACUUGUGUAUAGUAAUUUAGUGUCAAUUCUUAGUAAUAUUAGAUUAAUUCUAUUCAAAUAAAAAUAAUAUAUAUAAGAAUAUAUGGAUAAUUGGAACAAAAUUUACUAGAAAAGAAAUAUUAGCAUAUGAUUUCAUGUUUUUUUUUCAUAUAGUUUCAUGUUGUUAUACACAUUCCAUGUUUUUGCGUAUACCCAUAAAUGCAAAAAUUAGAAUUGGUUUUCUUUUUGGUUUUUAGUGAUUUAAACCUUGAACUAUUUUUAGAUCGGAAGAAAAACCUCCAACUAAUAUUUUAUGUUCUUAAGCUUUCAACUAAGAUUCCGUUAGUGUAUCAACCCUUCCGUUAACAGUUUCGUCUAAACUGGACGGAAAACGUUGACUUGAAACGUUGAGUUUCAUUAAAAAAUGACAUGUACCUGGGUUUAAUGAAACUCAGUGUUUCAAGUUAAUGUUUUCCAUCCACUUUAAUCGGAACUGUUAACGGAGGGAUUAAUACACUAACAAAAUCUUAGUUGAAGAUUUAAAAGCAUAAAAUUUUAGUUGGUAGUUUUUCUUCCGAUUUAAAAAUAGUUCGGAGUUUAAAUCACUAAAAACCUUUUUCUUGUCAAUGAUUCUAUCUUUCAGUUUGGAUUUCUCUAUCAAGAUAUAAUAAUCAUCUCUCUCUAUACCAAAUUCCGUCAGUCAUGGUCGUAAACAAACCAUGGUUUAACUUACUAACUAGAUUAGUCAGAUAUGAUUGAUAUCCUCUUAAAGGCCAAACUGAUAAUAUUUAGUUAAACAAAUCAUAGAUUUCUAUAAAACAAUUUCAGGAAAGGAUUAGGCUUUAAGGAAAGUGGGUAUCUGACAAAGGGAGCAAAACAUUUUGGUGGGGUUUAGUCGCAUGAUAAAAGAGAUAAAACCGGUUUGACUCGAAAUGACCCUGCACGGGUUGACUCAAUAAAUCAAUUUUUUAUUUUUAUUUUUUAAAACUGAUUUAUUAUGAUAUAAGAAAGAUUACAUAGACGAUUCGAUAACCGACAAUACUACCUGCUUUAUGAAAACCUACGCUUAACUGCAUCACCUGAGCCGUCCUAUAAAGAUCCACGCUAGACCAGAUUUACUUGCACCAUGUUGAAGAUUCCUUGUAAGCUUUUCUUCCAUACGUUUGCAUAAUUGUUUAAUAAUCUGCAAAUAAAUUGAAACUUGGAUUUCCUAUAAUCUGCAAAUAAAUUGCAUAGUCUGGGAUUUGAACCUCCGACCUGGGUGUAAAAACUUUUAAACCUUAACCAUUAGGAAUUUAGGAUACAGUGCUUCUAAUUUUGAAUCUCAGACCUAGGUGUAAAAUGCUUUAAACCUUAACAAUUUUUUAUUUAUUGUUGUCAUAUUUCCCUUCUAUCGCGACUCUUGUGCCUAGUAAGGGUGAUCACUAACCGAUAUUGAUUGAAACAAAACGAACCGCAAUGAGGUCAGGUUUUAGUUUGACAAGUAUUUUCUCAAAUCAACAUAAAUAAUGAAUGCAAUUAUAUAAGACUUUUUUUUUUUGAACACAAUGCAAUUAUAUAAGACUAAUGAUACUAUUAUCGUACAAAACUCUUGUAUAGUUUUGGUUAAUAGCUGAUGAUUGUACACUGGUACAUAUAAACCGAUUUAUUUACUUUUGGUUUAUUCAGUUGAGUCAUGUAUAUAAGCAGACUCUGUACAUUUGAAACUAAUUAAUGAGUAUAAUGAUGUUUACUCAUAUGGUAACGGAGCGAAAAUAUCUUAUUCUCUAACAAACUUCCGCUUACGUCAUAUCGUCAUCGUCAUAUGGUAAAUAAUGAUGUUUACUCAUAGGUACAAUCAUCACACCUAAACCAAAACAAAAUCUAAUCAAAGUGACCUUGUUUUUGUCCUUUGAGUAUGACAUUCCUCUUAGCCGAACUAAUUAAAUACAUAUCCUAACCGAAGUCUAACCCAAAACUCCACGUCUAAGUGCUGAAGUGGGUCAUGAACUGUAAAUUGAAAGACGAAUGAAUCAUUUACAUAUAUAAAUAACCACAUAGGUUUUGUUCCACACACACACACACUUCUCAUUAAAGAAAAUGGAGAACUCUUUACCAAGUUACAAACUUGUGCUUCUAUUGGCAUUUUCUUUGUUUCUGUUAGUUAACACGGAGCUGGGUUUUCUUUCACCUGCGAGAGCCAUAGACAACAACACCAAGGUUUAUAUAGUUUAUCUUGGGGAAAGAGAAAAUGAUGAUCCCGAACUUGUUACAGCCUCUCAUCAUCAAAUGCUUGAAUCAUUUCUUGAUAGCAAAGAAGACGCACAUAAAUCGAUGAUCUACAGCUAUCCACAUGGAUUUUCCGGUUUCGCAGCACUUCUUACUUCUUCCCAAGCAAACAAAAUAUCAGACCAUCCUGAAGUAAUCCAUGUUAUACCAAACCGGAUUCUGAAACUGCAAACCACAAGAACUUGGGAUCUCCUUGAACUCUCUCAAAUUCCAACUUCUUUUUCUUCCUCAACAACAUCUGUAAAAGGUCUUCUUCAUGACACCAACAUGGGCAGUGAAGCUAUCAUCGGCGUCAUAGAUACCGGAAUAUGGCCAGAGUCAAAGGUAUUCAACGAUCAAGGCCUUGGACCAAUACCUAAGCGUUGGAGAGGAAAAUGUGAACCAGGGGAAAAGUUUAACGCCACAAUUCAUUGCAACAAAAAGCUAAUAGGAGCUAAGUACUACGUAAACGGCCUACUAGCCGAGAUGGGAGAAACAUUCAAAACAACAACAGUCAGAGAAUUCAAAUCCAACAGGGAUGCACUCGGUCACGGCACGCAUACAGCCACAAUAGCAGGUGGCUCAUUGGUUCCCAACGUGAGCUUCUAUGGUCUAGCACGAGGCACGGUCCGAGGUGGUGCUCCUCGGGCACGCAUAGCCUCUUACAAGGUAUGUUGGAACACAAUGCAAAAAGACGGAACAGGACCCGGUGGAAGCUGUUCAACUGCUGAUAUGUUGAAGGCUUUUGAUGAUGCUAUACACGAUGGGGUUGAUGUUUUGUCUGUUUCUAUAUCCGGGGACCUUCCAGAGGACACCGAGGUGGAUAAGCCUGAUUUUGUCGGGGCCUUUCAUGCAGUAUCUAAAGGGAUUCCGGUUGUGGCUGCGGCUAGUAAUGAAGGGCCUAAGGCUCAGACUGUUGCUAAUGCUGCUCCUUGGCUCUUGACCGUUGCUGCAACCACUCUUGACCGGUCUUUUCCUACAAAGAUCACACUUGGCAAUAAACAAACUCUCUUCGGUGAGUCUCUGUUCACUGGACCGGAGAUUUCAACCGGUUUAGCCUACUGGGAUUCAGAGAGUGAUGAUAACGGUGAUGUCAAGGGGAAAAUAGUUCUUGUUUUCGAUACUACUAGUACCUAUCCAGUUGAAACGAAAGGUGUAGCAGGAGUCAUAUAUGCCCAACAUCCCGAUGACAUUGUUGAUCGAUGCCAUGCUUUUCCUUGCAUUUACACUGAUUACGACCUUGGGACCGACAUUUUACAAUACAUACGUACCACCAGGUCCUUUAUCUUGAAGCAAAUAAACUAUGUUCAUAAAGUUUUGACAAAAAAAGAAAAAACUAUAUUCAUAAAGUUAAGUUUUCUUAUGAUCCCCACGUCGAAUCACGGGUCGCCCACAGCGAGAAUCAGCGCAGCUACGACACUAACCGGUCUGCCAGCAACAACAAAGGUUGCUGAAUUCUCAUCUAGAGGGCCUAACUCGGUUUCACCAGCCAUUCUCAAGCCUGAUAUAGCAGCUCCUGGUGUGAGCAUACUAGCUGCAUUAAGUCCGUUUGAUCCUAACGGACACGAUGGAUUUGGACUCGCCUCAGGGACAUCGAUGUCGACUCCGGUUGUUUCUGGUAUCAUAGCUCUCCUAAAGUCUCUACAUCCUGAUUGGUCUCCUGCUGCAUUUAGAUCAGCUUUGGUCACAACAGCUUGGAGGACAAGUCCAUCUGGAGAACCCAUUUUUGCUGAAGGAUCAAACAAGAAGCUCGCAGAUCCAUUUGACUAUGGAGGAGGUCUUGUAAACCCUCAAAGAGCUGCACACCCUGGACUUGUAUACGAUAUGGGGAUUGAAGAUUACAUCAACUACAUGUGUUCCAAAGGUUACAACGACUCCUCAAUCUCUCGUGUGAUCGGUAAAAAGACUAAGUGUCCAACUCCCAAGCCAUCAAUUCUUGAUAUGAACUUACCUUCAAUCACAAUUCCAAAUAUUGAGAAAGAAGUCACACUCACAAGAAGUGUGACCAACGUUGGACCCAUCAAGUCAAUCUACAAAGCUGUAAUAGAGUCUCCUCUCGGCAUAACUCUCACCGUCAAUCCGACUACACUCGUGUUUAGCUCCGAAGAUAAGAAGGUGCUUUCUUUCACGGUGAAGGCUAAAACGAGUCAUAAAGUCAACACUGGUUACUUCUUUGGAAGCUUGACAUGGACUGAUGGUGUUCAUGAUGUUAAGAUCCCUGUCUCUGUUCAGACAAGGAUCAUGAUCAAGUCUUAACAAAAACAUGUAUUAAUCAAGAUUAUCAUAAUAAAGAUCAAAUCAUUAAAAGAAA